AUGAUACUCAAGGAAGCAUCCGAGUGUACGCUCAAACUCUGUCUGAGUGAAUAUAACAUGAGCGUCGUCAAUCAUACCGUUUCCGUGGACACCGUUUCUGUCGAUUAUGGCGAACUCUUCUUCAUCGACGAGGAAGCCAUCUUGUAUGCGAACAAAACGGUCUGCUGGAAACCAACAUCUGCACCGGCUGAUCCAACCCUAAAGAAGUUGUAUAUAGACAUUUUCGAUUUCCUCGGCUAUGGACGCAACGUCUUCAUGAACACGGCCGAGUUUGGAAUCUGCAAUUUCUUCCCUUUGCUACCAAGCAACUAG